GCUUGAGCUUCUGUCAAAAUUCUUUCGAACGUCAAAGGGGAAAAUUUGUUUUACCAAGUGGUUUUAUUGCGAUUUCCAUCCCAAAAUAGCACCUAUAAAUGUGGCAAAUUGCGUGUGACACCACCUUAUGUCGCAAUGACACCGGAAAUUCGCAUGCAUCCCCUAGAUGAGGUCUGCUUGAUGUGCGCGAAGAUCAAUGAGGGGCCCCCAACAGCAAUCUUUGAGACGCCAGAUUUGAUGAAAAUCUUCAACACCGUGACCGGAAUCCAGCUCACACGGGAGGAAUAUCUGCCGGAGAACAUCUGCUUCGCGUGCUCCUUCACCCUGUAUCGCAUGCUGGAGAUCCAGAGGACCAUCAAGAGGAAUAUAAUGCACUUCAAGAUGAACUACCAGUACCGGAACGCGAGCGAGAAGUCCAAGCUUCUGCUCAACACCAGCGUGAUCCGGAACAGCAAUCCCAACGGGCUGAUCAUCUCGGACGUGCGCGGGCAGGUGCAGGUGGCGGACGAUCACCUCCUCUACUCGCCGUACGACGAGACGGCGUGCCUGGCGGGGCGUAGCCCCAAGCUGGACCCCGCCAGCCCCUCCUCCAACACCAGCCGCGCCUCCAACCUGCUGCGCCCCAUCUACAUGAGCGUGGAGAACAUCCGCGACACGGAGUCCGGCGGCGCCAUGUACAGCGGCACGGCGUCUUUCCAGUGCGGCCUGUGCUGCAAGAUCUUCUCCCGCCGCUCGCACCUCACGCGCCACGUGAACAGCCACCGGGCGCAGACCCGCGCCAGCUCCAGGGCCUCCACGGUGCGCAAGAAGAUGGUGUUCAAAUGCCGCGUGUGCGGUGAGUCGUUCGCCGAGAAGCGCACGAUGCUUAGCCACAGAUUGACGCACCGGAGUGAGUUUCCGUGCCACAAUUGCCUUAAAGUCUUCUACCUGCAGCGCGAGCUGGACUGGCACCAGGCCGAGUGCCAGGGGCGCACGAAUGCUGGCCGGCGGAAGGGUCUGGCGCGGCACAACACGCGCCUGAAGAGUGUCGCGCUGGAGCUUGACGAGCUGGAGGAGGAGCAACAGAAGCAGCAGCAGCAACAGCAGGAGGAAGAAGACGUUUUCCGGAUAGAGUCGCUGCGGCUGCUCUCGAAGACGCCCACGCUCUCGGAGAAGCUCCAGAGUGUGCAGAACUGGUGUGACAACGCCACCGGCUUGGCCACAAAUGCCGAACCGGAGGCUGAGCCUGAAUCUUCCGCGGAAGCACAGCCAGCGGAGGAAGUUGAGCAGCCUGAGCGACCACUUUAUGAGGCUGAUGACGAUGCGAGAUCCACAAUUUCGCGAUUCACGUCUGUGUCGCAGAAGACAACGUACUCGUGCUUCUCGUCGCGCAGCUACUGGUCCGGCACGAGCAUCUCCGUGCGCACGGAUUACAGCUACAAGACGGCCAAGACGAUGCAGACGCUGAAGACGGAGCGAGAACACCUUCAAUCGCGUCGCAUCACGCGCUCAGUGACGAAUAGAAUCAAGAAGAUCGACAUGGAGAUCAAGGUGAGAGAGUUGCCCAGGAGAUCCUUUCGCUCCAGCAAAUCUCAAUUGUCUUCGCGCCGUCAUCAUGACAUCACGAAGAGAGCGAAACUGGUGAAGAGCAACAGCACAACUGUGCUUCCGGACGCCUUCACGUGUGAUUGCGCCUUCACGUCGAAGAAUCUGCAGGAGUUCAUGGAGCACGAGAUCGACUACCACAAUAAUUUGGCUCUGUUCGCGUGUCGGGAGUGCAAAGAGAGAUUCACGCAGAGGCGCUUCCUGGAGAAGCACAAGGAGGUACAUAAUAGAAUCUACACGUGUGUUUGGUGCUUCACGAAGUUCGUGAAUGAGGCUGAGCUGAAGGUGCAUUUGAGGAUGCAUUCGCUGAAUUCCAUCGCGUGCAACUUCUGCGAGGCGUCAUUCAUCACGUACAAGGAGUUGAAGGAGCAUUUGGAUGAUAUGCAUUGGAAGGAGAAUGAGAAAUCCAGUCGCAAGUCGUGCAUUCUCAUCCGGACGGGGCAGAAGAGGAGGAACACAGUGGAAGUGGGCAAGGAGUAUCGCUCAAUUGAGUUGCCUCAGCGAUCGCCACUGAAUCGGCGUCGCACGACGUCUUAUUCGCAAUACAGGGCGAUUCGUCUGGGCUCAGUGUGCAGGGAGAGAUCGCCGGAUGACAUGGCGAUGGCGCCGGUGGAGGCAGCGCCGCCGCCGCGGGAGCAAAUCCAACUGCCGGUGGCAAUGGACAUCUGUCGCUACAGCACGCCAUCGCCGCAGAUCAGCGAGGAGCGCGGCAGCAGCAUUGCCAAGAUGACCAACACGCCGCCGCCGAGUCUGGAGGAGCUUGGGCUGUUCGACACGAACUUCCCUCUGACCAAUGGCAGUGCGGAGCACGCGGAGGAGGAUGAGGAGGAGCACGCGUCGCCCGUGGCGAGUCCCACGGGGCGACGGAAACGCUCACGCUCGCGAAUCACACUUGCGCAUCGCGUGACACGGCAGACGCUGGCGCAGCCGCAGAUGCGCAACGGCUGUGACAACAUCCUGCCGCCGUACGAGUCCUGGCCCAUGUACAGAUCCUUCAUCACUGUGAAGACGGGUGUCCUGCCGCAGCCCUGCCGCAUGACGUGAAGCCCGAGUGUGUGGUUUUUUUGUGUGACAAAAUGCCACUUUGGCUGAUGAAUUUCAAGAGUGCAAAAGUGCUUUCGCGUGACGAAGAAAGAGAAGGAGAAGGAGAAGAAAAAAGGUCUCAAUAUUGUCCUGACAGAGUUCUCAAAAGUAUGAUAAUAAGUAUGAAAUAAGGAAUGUGUAUAUAAAAUGGUUAAAACGUUAAAAAAGAAAGGAUAUUUCUAUGAAAUUUUUAUUGGAAUGUUGAAUUGGAAAAGAAAGAAAUUUUGUAUUAUAACCAAUUUUUUAUAUAUAUUUUCUCUCCAACUUUCUCUUGAAAAGAAGUAAAAAGAAAUUUCGUUAUAAGUUAUUAAUCAAUAAGAGAGAGAGAGAAAAGCAAUAACGAGUUUCGUUUCUUUUUAUUUUGGAUUUUUUUUUUUUUAGAAAAGAUAAUUAUCAGGAUUUUAGUCUUAAAAACAAAAUAUUUACCAUUAAGUAAUAUUUUUUCGGCAUUGAGCUUUAAAACCCUUUUUCAUCAUAGCAAGAAGUUUUAGCAAUAACAAAAAAAAACGCUGUGCUAAAGCGCGAACCUCAGUUUGACAUGUGUAAACUUUACUUUUAAUGAAUCAUCUAAGCCUGCUUUAUCUAGUCAUCCGUAGAAUCUUCAUAAGCUAAUCUUAUUAUAUUAGUUUUUUCGUGUUAGAAAUUUAUCACACAGGAAAUAUGUUUUAAAAAAUCGCAAAGGAAAAAAUCUCUGACUGACAUUUUGGGGCCACCGCGAAUUGACACAAUUAUAAGUAAAAAAAAAAACGAGUAAAACAUAACAUAAUGUUGUCUUGCCAAAAA